AUCCUAGUGUGCACAGUGCCGCAGUCAUGGUGGAAAAAAGUAAGGUGGCCAAACUGGUGUAGAUGCUUUUUCCGACCACUAUUUCCCUUUGUGAUUUCGUUUAUUUUUGGUAACUACGUGAUUAGAACGGCUGGUGUGUGAUAAAAAUGUGUUUGCGCUCGGCAUUCAGCAACGAUAGGUGAAGAAAAUCCAAUCAGCGUUUGAUAAGAGUCCAAAUGUGAAGCGCAGGAGAAAGAGCCAAGCAACAGCAACGCGAAGAGCGAAUAGAAAUGAAAAAUCCUUAUCCGUACAGCGUUGUCCCGGAAACGAAGCACUUCCCUGGCCGCAAUUGAUUAUUGCGCUUUGGUCGAAUGAAAACGCAGGCCACGCGUGGAUAAGCGUUGGGAAUUUCGAUCAACAGCAUCAGGCCGGGUGCGUGUUUGGUUCGGGUAGAAUUUUGCGUGGUACCGAAAAGCACCAAUAACUGUGUGUUGUGUGUCGCAGCGUGAAUGCGUGUGUGGGCGACGAUUGUGUGUAGAGUUGAGCAAUGUGUAUGUGCUGCUUGCAGCUCCCGUUUUUGAUGCAGUGCCAUGUUUUCGAUACGAAGAAUUAGUGUAAAAGGCGUAGCUUGUGUGUGAGGGCGCAAGGCAUUAUAGAACAAGUGUUGGGGGCGGUGUGAAAGAAGAAAGUGACCCAUCGUGUGUGUGUGUGAGAGAGAGAGAGAGUGUUGAGAACAAUAGACCAUCAGCAGCAGCGUCCAUGCAUUCGAUCAACUUGGAGCACUACGACGGGGAAGAAGGAUUGGCGAAAUCGACGAGAAGCAGCAAUCCCUCCUCCCCGGUGGAGUGCAUUGUGGAGGAAGAAGAGAAGGGUGUGAAGGUGGAAGAAGACGACGACGAGGUGGAAUGUUCCCGGGAAGACAAGCUGGAUGAAACGGACGAAAAUGAUAACAGCAGCAAGAGCAGCCAGCGCCGAAUGGUCCAAAUGAAAUCGACAGCGUACGGACGACUAAUCCACAGCACGUCGCUCGGUGCAUCUUCAUCGCUAAAACAGCAAGCCAUGAAGCUGGAAGCGCCGAUCGGCGGCGGCGUCGGCGCAACUGGCAGCCCGCAGAACAGUAAUAUUAUAUUUCAUCGAACGUACAACAAAAAGCCCUCGCAGACCGUGUCCCGAAUGAGCAGUUCCGAGAAUGGCUCGGGCAGCCUGUCACCGGCACUGCGUCCCGUGAUUUGUGUGGAGGAUAUUCGACUGCGUAUUGGUUUGCCAAAUCGCCAUGGAAACGAACCCUUGCGAACGGACAGCUUAAGCCAUACUACAGAUGUCGCUGCCAGCCGGCUCAACAAUUCGCAGUCUUGCAUCAUCAGACGGUCGUUUCAUAAGGAAAGCCUUAUGACCUUCGGCAUUGCCAAAAUUCGGCUUGAGCAGGAAGCCUCCCGCUCAGAUGGUGGUGGCGGCGGCGGUAGGGACGGAAGCAGAAAACGUGUCACUUAUUCCGCCGGAAAGAAGGAACGUCAUGUAACAACAGCGACGGCACCCGUUUCAGGGAGGCAAGCAGUUGAUAACGAACCACCGCAAACCGGCGACGAUAUGGAGAUUUGCGAAGAACCGGCGGUAGAUCAACUGCAAGGCCAAGAAUUGUUAACGUGCAAUGCGGAAGAUGCGGUCGAAGCAAGCUCGAUGGCCAACUCGUACGGUGAUGAGGAUAGUUCCGGUUGGUCGAAACAUUUCUCCACCCGGCCCAGUUUGGCGCAGAGGUUGCAAACGUCGGCCGACGGUCAACCGACCGCACUGAGCGAGUUUGACCUGAUGCUGCAAAAGAUCAACCAAAGCGUACCGCCCAUGUCGCACCUGGAUCGCAUCGAUCAGUGGCGUGUGACGGCGGAAGAUUUGCUACAUUCGAUUCCCACCAAGGCGCAGAUCGAAACGAGCUCCUCGUGGUCGUGUGCCAAGCGUCCCUACUACUACGAUGAAGCUGACGGUUCAAGCGAUGACGAUUCGGACACGCUGGACGAUACGGCCGGAGCGGCAGCAGCAGCAGCAACAACAGCAACGCCAGAUGGUCCUUCCACCAGUUCGGGACUGUCGAGAGGCGUUAAAAAGAGACGGCCGACUGAUGAUGCGAUGGCGGCACCAGUGGAUUCACCAAACACAGCCAUAGCUACCCCUAUGACGACAACGCUUCUGCUCGGGACGGACGACGACAAUAAAGGGUUGGAUUUUCGGAAAAGUCAAGUUAAUCCAGAAAUCGAUAAACCGAUCAAGCUGCUCGAAAAAACGAUUCCGGUGCGUAUUUUGAUGAGGAAAAAUUACUACAAACUCCCAACGCGGUACCAGGCGUGUACGGAUAGCGAACCACCCGAUGGCGCGCGUACGGAAGAAUCGAAUCCAUCCUUGUCCUGCUCUGACGGUGGACGGUACAAAUCUAACCCGUACGCGUAUCUUCUCAGUCGCGAUGAGGAAGAGCGGGAAAAGUUUUUGCAGUAUCUUCGCAUUAGUCCGGUGUUUCGAACGGCUGAGGUGACGGCGGCUGGAAAGCGAAUCGGACCCGAUGGACAGGGUGAUAAAUGUGGGGCUGCUGCUACCGGUGCUGUUGGUUCGAGUGAAUCGAGCACAGGCAUGAACCCGCCCCCCAUCCAAGCGGUACAUUCGGCGAAACCGAAGACGAAGCCUAGACCGAAAGUGAAACAAAGCAAACGGAAGCCAACGUCCAAGCAUAGAACCCAUCCGUCGAUUAUUGCCAGCAGUGGUUUGCGAGGCGUUCGACGGCUCGUUCUCAGUAGCUCGCUGCGAAGUGGCAAAGUGAUACGGUACCGAAAUGGCGGCACUCACGAACGGCCACUCACCAAAUCGAGAAGCAGGACAACGGCGGUGGUGAAGAAGCUUUCUACCGACGCGCCAGUCGAAAGGAAUCCGUCACGAGGGAAAGAGGAGGUGAAUAAGGAUCAUCCCGAGGAAGACGAAGGCGAUCUGCAGCAGCAGCAGCAGCAGCAGCUUGCAUCUUCUUCGCUACCUUCAACGUCCACGUCUACGUCCCUGAUGACCAAGAAGGGCAAAAGCUCAGCGCACCGGCAUCGCUGCUCGGUUGACAGUGCGGUCAGCAGCUCCACCAGUGCGGAAAUGCACGAACAGCAGCAGGUGGUUGGCAAUCGAUCGAAGGAAUGUCAAACGAUCGAAAGCAUUCCCCCGGAACAGGCACCAGCCCCGGUGCCGGUUGUCAAUGAAGGCAAGCGCAUGCGAAACCCACUGAACCGUGCGGAUGGUGAAGUGCUGCAUCUGUUCCUGCUGGACGAACAGCUCGUUGUGGUGCAGAAGGAACUCGUGAGCUUCUGGCGCUACUCGAGAUUGAGCGUUUUUCUCGGCGUGAAGCAGGAAUGGCAACGGCGAGCUCAAAUUCGGCGCUGGAAUCGUGAUACGGAGGUGGAUGUGCAGAACGCGCAUCGGAUCGUGCUGAACAAGCAAGAUCCGAUCUAUCUGGAACCGAGGGCACGAAAUUUGAGUGACGACAAGUCGCGCAUCUGCCCACUAGCGUCGAUUUACGUGAAUGCGUACUUCCUGGACACGGUGCCGGUGGCGAAGGUGGCUAAGGUUAGUGAGGGAAACGUACCGAUCGCCGCCAGCGUGGACGAUGAGGAGAAUGGUUCGGAUGAGUACGAAGAGCUGGUGCGGUUGAAAUCGUUCCAGCUGGACACAGUCAAAAGCUCAUUGGAUGAUAUCCGCUUUAUGCCAUUGCCGAACACGCGCGACUUUCUCAUCUGCUGGCACGAGCACGUAUCGGAGCUCGAGUCACGCACCGGUCUCUGCAAGUACAGUCUGACGGCGGACCUGCAAACGCUGGCCUGCAUACGUGACUUUAUGAACGUGAAGCAGAAGCUAACGACGCUGAAAUGCAUCAACGAUAAGAAGCUGAUCGGGAUGGGACAAACCACCGUCCAUAUUUGGUGCUACGAGAGUGGGUUUAUCCUCCACACGGUCGACAUGAAGAUGGAGCUAGGAAUAAACGUCUGUUGCUUCCUACACAUUGAAGAGAACAACGACAACACGCUUUUGAUGUUGCAAAUGCACCCACCGGAUGAUCCUGCGACGAGCCAUAACCGUCGGCUGAUGAAAGUGAUCGCCCUCAAUCUGUACAAAGCGACGUGGUACAUUGCGCACAGCUACGAGAUUGCCCUUGCUUCGAAGAGUAUUACCAGUGAAAGCCAACAGUGGUCACUGGACGAAAGCAAUGCCAGCCAUCGCCACUGUUUGACGUUCGACAGUGGAGAACUGCUGACGAUCAGUCUAAACGAUCCCACCGUCUGCUGGACGAACCAUCAGCGACUGGAGAAGGAUCUGCAGCGUGCGGACAAUGGUUCGCUGCACAUCUACAGCCGGCUGCGCAGUAACGACAGUGGUGGCAGCGAUCUGUACCGUCCGCGCGAACGUAUUCUCAACGCUGGCCAUUGGAACGGGGGACGUGAUUUGGUAUUUUUGAGCGAUCAAUUCCUGACCGUGAAGGCGAUCGAUGAGUAUAUGGUGGAAGAGGGUAAAAGAUAGAGAGACCAGAGGCUUUCGGCGGGGUUGGUUGGUUGGUCAGAAGGGAGAAGGCUUGGAUUAUUGUUUGAUUCUUUUGUUCCUAUUUUAUGACGUUGUUUACGGACUUGCAAGCUAAUAAGUAUUUGUAAGCCGUUUUGUAUUGCGCUUACUUACUGCUUUCGAUUGCUAUCGAACGUAUAUCUGAAGGACUAUUUCAUUUUCAUGUAUUUGUUUUUGUUGUCGUUCUGCUUCAAUCUACCGCAAAUAUGUGGUGGUACUAAAUUUGGAUGACUGACCGACCGGUUCCGAUUUAUUUUUUAUUUUUAUUUCAAGAAUAGUGUCCUUUCCCUAUGAAUCCAUUACCGCAUCAAGCAGAUCGUUGUAGACAAAUGUGGCAGCAUGUGUGAGUGUGUUGCAGCUGAAAUAUUUACACACAAGCAUAUUUGGCCCCUGGUCCGAAAUGCUUUGCUUUCGGUAUGAUAAGAUAAUUGUGAACCCUUGGGGAAACAAACUGCGGUCUGGCAUCAAUAGGAAAGUGUUGUAGAACAAUGUUCAAACUAGUAUUUAUUGUGUUCCUUUCUAUCGUUUCUUCUGCUAAUCGAUGUUCGGUUAGAUUUCUCUAUGGCGGGUGUUGGUUUGCCCGCGCUAAAAGUAUGAUGUGUGUGUGUUUGUGAUCCGUUAAGCAUUAUGUGUAUGUGGGAUACUGUACAUAAUAAUCGUGGUGGUAUACCGCAACGUUUGACAAACAAUGCGGUAGUAAAUGGACGCGAACGGAUAAAAGGAAAGCAAAAAUUAAUAUAUAAAGAAUAACGAAAUUAGGCAACUGAACUGAGGAAGUGUGCUCUACGCGGGGAGGAAACUGGAAAAUGGAGUAAUAAAGAGGGUGAUACUAAGCCUCCUCAAGAUCUCGCUUACUAA